UAGAUGGCGACAGAUUUAAAUUUCCAUGUCCUGAUGAUGGUGUAUUUGAUUAUUCCGCACACCAUCACUGCACUGUAGUCUUGGAUAAGAAUCAUGACAGCUAAACGGGCUUAAUACGCGUAGACUCAAGAGCUACUCUAUGUAAGAUGAACACUGAGGACAAACUGGAAGGCAUGCUGCUGAAGUGCAGCAGCGGAGGAAUAGACGGAGGAGGGAGAGUUGGCCUGGGCAGCGGAGGAGGACUGGUGGUGAUGACACUCGGGGAACGAUCGCUGGCUAACCACCCUCUGCUGGCCGAGGAUGACGACGACGAAGACGACGACGAGGACUUGACUCGAAGCUCGCUGGUCACUCACGACCUGGUCCCUCCAGAGCAGCUGAUGAUGCAGGAGGAGAUGACGAAGAAUAGCGGUGGAGGAGAAGAGGAGGGAGGAGCCGAGGUGGGAGAGCAUUUCCCCCUAAAACUCACGAAUAAGUUUCCCUGCUUGCUUCAUAUGCCAUUGAGCAUCAAGCAGGAGCUGAAGUUGUCUGAGCCAGCGGUCUAUAUAAAGAAAGACAAAAAGGCAAUCAAGGAUCUGACAAUGUGUCCCAAGAAGAAAAAAAGGAAGCAGCGAUCACCAGCAAAGAUUCUCAGCAUCAAUGACGAUGGCUCAUUGGGCAUACCAAACCCCAAGUGUCACGUCUGUACUCACUGUAAUGCUGCGUUCAGAACCAACUACCAUCUACAGAGGCAUGUCUUCAUUCACACUGGUGAGAAGCCGUUUCAGUGCAGCCAGUGUGACAUGCGCUUUAUUCAGAAGUAUCUUCUCCAGAGACAUGAGAAGAUCCACACCGGUGAGAAGCCUUUUCGCUGUGAUGAGUGUGGGAUGAGGUUCAUCCAGAAGUACCACAUGGAGAGGCACAAAAGGACUCACAGUGGAGAGAAGCCCUACCAAUGUGACUAUUGUCACCAGUACUUUUCCAGAACAGACCGGGUUUUAAAGCACAGAAGAAUGUGUCACGAGAACAGAGAGCGAAAGGCGAACAAGACUGCCGGUAAAGUCGGAUCUUUACGUGAAGCAGACUCUUUAGGGCCCCCCUUUGUUGCCAAAGAGUGCUCACUGCCCAAGAAAAAGCGCCAAAAGUGUACAGACAAGAGUUCAGGAGCUUCCACUACUGCCCAGACAGAAGGGCACACUUUUACCGUGGUAGAAACAGAAGAGAAAGAGGAGCAAAAGGGAAGUCUUUCUCUAUAUGCUGUGUCCUCCAAAGUCAAACAUGAGUACGUGAUUGCUGACUACUCUGUGGACCUUCCUGAAGAAACUGCUAACCAACACCAAGAUGGCGACGUCUCUUCGGAAGAAACAACUUCUCCUAAGCUACUUCUGAAGAAAGUACCCAAGCGGAGUCUUAAGCAGUCAACUGAACAAACUCCUCCUUGCUUGUCCACUUUACCCUCCUUUGAGGAAAAUACUAAGGUGGCACAGUACACCUUUGAGAUCGUGGACAAGCAAGGCCUCUUAGACGUAGAAGGCAACAGUGAACUCGAGUCAGUUGAAACUCUUCAAGGAGGACAAACAAAACCAGCAGCCAGCAGCACAAACUAUGACGACGCGAUGCAGUUUCUCAAGAAGAAACGUUACCUUCAAGCUGCAAUGGCUAACAACAGCCGGGAUUAUGUCCUGAACACGAGCAGCAUCUCCUCUCAGCCACCUGUUACACAAACUGUGGUGUCAACAGUCAUCGACGAAACUGUUCCCGCCACCAUCCUGGAGCCCCAACCCAUGAACACAGAGAUUAAGACUCCUCAUGACAAGAAUGUUUUGCCUGAUGAGGUUCUUCAGACACUGUUGGACCACUACUCCAACAAAGCCAAUGGGCAAUCAGACAUUUCUUUCAGUGUGGCUGACACAGAGGUUACCUCAAGUAUAUCUAUCAAUUCCUCCGAUGUUUCUGACAGCAGUCCGGUCGAGAGCCUCGGAACAUCCAGCGCUCAGGCUCAGCCGCCUGCAGAGAAAGUGAGUCUCUUGCAAGAAUACUCCAAAUUUCUCCAGCAAGCACUGGAGAGGACCAGUCAGAAUGACAGCUACCUGACCAGCCAGAGCCUCAGCUUGGUCUCUGAAAACCCCACACUAGCUGGACAGCCUCUGUUCUCCACAGAGAAACAGUUUCCUUCCCCCAGCAGGUUCAAAUCAGGGAUGAGCUCUCCACUAAGGUCCACCUUAGAGAAACCUCACUAUGGGUUGCUGGUCGGGGACUCCCAGCACUCGUUUUCCUUUUCAGGCGACGAGACCACCCCUCCCUCUGCGGUGUCCCCAGCUGAGGAGGACUUUCUGGAGCAGGUCUCGCCCUCAAAAAAGACUGACUCUUCACAAGGGAUACUACAGACUUUUCAAAUAAGCUCCUUUGAACAGAACUUCAAAUCUCAUUUCCAGACGUCAAGAUCUGCAGCCUCCUCGCAGUUUACGGUUGCCAACGGACAAGUGAGUGUUCGAGGACACAGCACAGAAUUCUCAGAGUUCCCUUUAGUCCGAGUCACUGAGACCAGGUCUCAACUGAACUCAUCCCCUGACGUUUCGACCAGUGAAUCGUUUGGCUGAAGAAAUGGAGGCGGGAGCGUUCAUUUCUGUUCAUCAUUUCUGUGGCACUUUAUCUCGUCUUUCCUGUGUUUUUGCCAAAUCAAAUCCCACUGCAAACGAGGGGUCUUUCUUUUUUUCUUUUUUUU